AUCAUUCCUGACCAGCAGGUGGCGACGGUGAGUUUACAGUCAAUGUUCAACAUUUUAAUGCUGCCAGAAGAAGAAGAGGCUGUCGGGUGACAAGAUGAUCGGCGAUCUGUUAAUUUUCGGCACGUUGCUAAUGAACGCAGGGGCGGUUUUAAACUUUAAACUGAAAAGGAAACAGACCCAAACGCACGGAUUCGGGGAUGAUCCGGGCCGAUCAACUACAGGUGAAAACAUCCGGGAGUUUUUACUCAGUCUGCGCUACUUCCGCAUUUUUAUAGCGCUGUGGAACAUCUUCAUGAUGUUCUGUAUGAUACUGUUAUUCGGAUCAUAACCCACUACAUUCCCAGUCUGGACACUAACAUGAAGGACAUUCCUCAACACUUUUUCUUUUUCGGUAGUGGGACGCUCAACGCUGGCUUAGCCUUCUCAAGAGUCGUCAGAGCAGGAAAUCUGUCAGUCAUUUCCUCCAUUUUAUCAACAAAGCCAGUGUCUUAUGGGUCAGCUAAAGCUUAUUUGGAAAGUCUUAAGGACUAAUGAUGACCCUGUUGUCUUUAUUAAUGUCAGACUGACAUAUUGCCUAAAUUUGCAUGUCAGUUGAUAUGCUUGUGAUCGUCAGCAGAUACGAAGUGGGUUUUUUUUGUGAAUAUCAGCUGCACGUGCAUUGGCUGAUAAGAGCAGUGCCCUGAAAUAAAUCAUCUGUUUUUCUCAACAAAAAAUUUUGUUGAAAAAUAUUUUCCUGUUGAAUUAGGGAGCUUCCAGCAAGUUCAAUACUACUCUGAUUCUUUUAUUAAAUGAGAAAUGUUUUAGUACAAAUUACUAAAUGAUAUAAUUCUAUAACUGUUGAAAGAAUGGCUGGUGGUUUUACUCAGUUAAGAUGCAAAAGUUCUUUGCAAGAAAAACACUGACCUAUUAAAAGUGGCUUGCAUUA